CCCCGACGUACUAACCUAGACACACCAGCUACACAUCAGCUCUCCAAGUUCUUGACGAAGCCGUCUCUAAUUAUAGAGAUAAUAAUCUGUUCGUCGUUCAGCUUCGAUCUAAGCAGCGAGCUCGCUCAUCAUGUCUUCGUAUCUUUCUAAUCUGCUCACGAACACUACGUCCCGAUACAACUCUCUUCGCCGGACGUUACUUGAGAGCGAAGCUGACGGCGAUACCGAAGAUGACACACAUAUCUGCCGAGUACUUCGAGCAUACUACCUUGAGAAAGGAAAGCCAUUUCCUCAGUGGCUGCCACCAGACCCAAAAGCACCCCAAGCAAUGCCUACACAAUUCGUUACAUCAGGCCGCACGCAAGCUGCAGCUGGUGGAAGAGGUGGGGGUCUCAGUGAUCUUUGGGAUGGACCACAGCAAUCUCAACCUCCGCAAGAGCAAGCAUCUCUCCGGAGAGGAGCUGCCACUCGCGGUGGGGCGGCAGGUCGAACGUUACAACCGCCAGGACGGCCUUCGAUGGUAGACUCGUAUUCCGAGCAACGGCCCCUGCCUAGUCAAAGAGCAGGAAGUUACCAAAGCCAAAUGUCCCAGAAUCGCGCAGAUAUGAAUGCCUCACCAGCCCCAAGCGGCGGGGGUUCCGCCCAAGAAAGACUAAAGGCAAGACUCUGGGGUUCCGGUAGGUCUACCAGCCCAGCACCAAGCACAGCAUCCAGCCAAAGCUCUGCGUCGAAUCCUAGCUUCAGUCAGGCGGGUGCACAGGUCGCAUUUGAUCGUGGUAACAGCUACUCUUCUGCACAGUCGGAUCGGAACAACAGCUACGGUUCAGCCAGUGGAGGCGGGCGAAGCGGUGGUGGGAAUCCAUACGUCUCUGCGAACUCUCCCUGGGCUGGAGGUGACGACAACUAUGGUGGAGGUGCCUACGACAACAGCGGACGUUCAUAUGGUGCUCCACAAAGACCUCCAGGUAAUGGCAGGAGUGGGCUGCCAAGCGGACCCCGAAUGCGAUGAGCACGACUGUGUGCCGACUUGCUACCUGCGUCUCAUGGGCUACAAUAUGAGACUUCUUACGUUUAUAUAUGCAUAUGAUUUGCUGCUGAGGGAUGGUGUUUGGGUCAUGAUAUCCUCUUCUAGGUACUGGACGACUGUAAGGCGUUGAAGGCAAGUGAUUAAACUCCGACUUGAAUGGUCAUAAUGCUGAAGAUUCAAUCGUGU